AUGUGCGGUACCAACGGAACCGUUAUUUUCUCUGAGAAUGUCUUCCACGUGAACACCAUGCUCAACAUUACCAAUCUGCUGAACUGUGAUGUUCACCUCCGCGGUGAACUGCGCUUCUCUACCGAUAUUCCCUACUGGCGAACCCAUGCCUUCAGUGUCGUUCUGCAGGAUCAGGUCACUGCAUGGCUCUUCGGAGGUACCAACGUCAACUUCUAUGGCGAGGGCGGCUUCUACAAUGGCGGUGGUCAGGCCUGGUACAACGCGAACAGGAAUGAGUCGAACCAGCCCGGACGGCCCAUGAGCAUGACGUUCUACAACUCUACCAACCUGCAUGUUGAUGGUCUCAAAAUCAUUCAGCCACAAUUCUGGGCACUUUCUGACAGCGAAUGGUACACUAUGAACUGCGAUGGGUACAACUCCUGGCGCAGCCGGAAUCUCCUUGUGGAGAACGCUACCAUUAUCACUGGCGACGACUGCAUUGCUGCCAAGGGAAACACCAGCAAUCUCCACGCAAAAAACACCUAUUGCGAGGGUGGCACUGGAAUCACUUUCGGCUCUAUCGGGCAAUACCUCGACAUGCCUGACUACAACACCAACACGACCUUCGAGAACGUCACGAUCAAGAAUGCGGUGGAUGGUGCCUAUAUCAAGACCUGGCAAGAACUCACCUUCAAGGACUUUGAGAUGAUCAACGUCAGACUUUCCAUCCAGAUGUCGCAAUUGAAGACGUCAAGUGGCAGAACAUUCGCGGCACCUCUCGGUUCAACAUCGUUUCUUCUAUAUACUAUUCCGAUGAGGGUUUCCUGCCCCAACAUCACUUUCGACAAUGUGAACGUCACCAGCGUCAACUCCACUCUUGACCUGCCUUAUUACGACACCGAAGUCAACCACGAGAUCUUCCAGUGCACCAACAUCGUCGGACAGAACAACUCUGGCAUCCCCUGCAAUAUGGCCGCCCCGAGCAACUUCAGCCAGUGGAUCUACGGCAACGUCGACAGCUCUGGUCUCGCGACCCUGAGCUAG